AUGGCACAGACUGAGGAUCAGGAGAAUGGAUGGACAUCCGAAGCGCAAAUGGUAUUAGUGCUUCUUAUAGAAGCCGAGUCGAAAGCCAAUGGAGAGAAGUUCAGAUCACUACUGGCUCAGCUACCGAGGCAUAAUAGCGAAACUAGGAGACUCCGCAGGGAAUUCAAGGAAAGGCAGGCCAAGAAGAACCGCUACCUUGAAAGAUGCAGGGCUGCAAUUCGCGCCGGGGGAAGGAUCGAAGAUGUACAGCCAGAAGAGUGA